AUGUCUCUAUCGACAGUGCUUGCAAAGGCACUUUUUGACAAUGCCGCUGAAAGCCCAGAGGAGUUAGCGUUCCGCAAAGGUGAUAUCCUGAUGGUUCUGGACCAGGAGCAGGACGGUGGACCAGGGUGGUGGCUUUGCUCCCUACAUGGCCGUCAAGGCAUUGCCCCUGCCAAUCGAUUACGCCUCCUCCAAACUGCUCAGACUCCAGCUUCAAACACCGGUAUAGAUACCCGGCGAGCUCCUAGUGUGGACUCAGUCCAUCUAUCGACUAGCCACCAGGGCAGGGUAAAUGGACUGAGCACUGAAGAUUCAGAUGGGGUGUAUCUCUCACCACCCAGCUUAGCUGAAGGGGUGUACCAGAGCCCUGGGGCUGCUCCUACCCCUGCCAGGUCUGGAGAGCUACGUCACUCUGAUGGAGGAAGGCCACGAUCGCAUUCUAGUUCUGGAACCAGGCCUUGUCCAGACUGGGGCGAUGUGGGUGUGGCGGGACGACCCCGUUCACCCUCACUUAGAGGACGGGGUGGCGAGUCAGGGACCCUUUACCAGACACCCACCUCGCCUGCACCACUGGUGGCACAACACAGAUCACAAGGUGCACUGGCUUCCGAUUCAGUGUACCUGACUCCAAGUGCUGUUCCCAGGUUGAUGAACCUGGUUGAAGUGGCCAGGUUAGAUCCUCUACGUCAGAGGUCUUCAACCCUCCUUCUGGGCACCCACUGUCCUACAGUGCUUGCAAAGGCACUUUUUGACAAUGCCGCUGAAAGCCCAGAGGAGUUAGCGUUCCGCAAAGGUGAUAUCCUGAUGGUUCUGGACCAGGAGCAGGACGGUGGACCAGGGUGGUGGCUUUGCUCCCUACAUGGCCGUCAAGGCAUUGCCCCUGCCAAUCGAUUACGCCUCCUCCAAACUGCUCAGACUCCAGCUUCAAACACCGGUAUAGAUACCCGGCGAGCUCCUAGUGUGGACUCAGUCCAUCUAUCGACUAGCCACCAGGGCAGGGUAAAUGGACUGAGCACUGAAGAUUCAGAUGGGGUGUAUCUCUCACCACCCAGCUUAGCUGAAGGGGUGUACCAGAGCCCUGGGGCUGCUCCUACCCCUGCCAGGUCUGGAGAGCUACGUCACUCUGAUGGAGGAAGGCCACGAUCGCAUUCUAGUUCUGGAACCAGGCCUUGUCCAGACUGGGGCGAUGUGGGUGUGGCGGGACGACCCCGUUCACCCUCACUUAGAGGACGGGGUGGCGAGUCAGGGACCCUUUACCAGACACCCACCUCGCCUGCACCACUGGUGGCACAACACAGAUCACAAGGUGCACUGGCUUCCGAUUCAGUGUACCUGACUCCAAGUGCUGUUCCCAGGUCUGCAGCCGAAACAGCAGGGGAGGCUAGAUAUUUAAGUCUACGAGAUGCAGGGGCCGGUAAUUCUGAUGGAUGCUACUUGGUGCCCAGAGCAGCUGUCGCUGCAUUGACCAGUGAGAAUUUAUAUCAGACUCCUAUAAGUGGUGCCCCAGAGGCAGGACAGUGUGUGCCAGGAAUGACUUCAAGACUUAUGGAUGGGAUUGCACCCAAAAGCAGCCCAUCUUCUUCUAUUAGUCCUUCUCAGAGUAAGACUGGCCAGGAUGCCCUGGGGAUUUACCAAACCCCAACCCCACCUGGGGGUGCCAUAUCAAGGACCCCUCAAUCAGACCGCAAACACCCCGCUGGAACUGUAGGAGUGUCUGGAGCCUCAACACCAGGCCAGAAUCUUAAGCAGACACCUCCCUCUGCCCGAGGAUCCCAAAAGGGUACUACUUCAACUCCUCCUGUUGGUCGAGGAAAACUGGCGCAGGGUGGCCUAAGGGAAUCCCCUCUACUCACCAGGGCGGGAAAGUCCGGAGUACCAGGGUCCCCAAACUCUGGCCGCAAACCCCCUCCGCCAGCACCUCCUGUUAGAAGUGUGACCAGGAAGGAUUUACCUCAGUGUAACUCGGUUCCAACCACCAAACCUGUUCUCCAGGCCAACCCUGCACCCCCACAGACAAACGUGCUGGAGGAAGAGAGACAGGGAAGUAAAAAUGGACACAUACAAGUGAAUGAGAUGAAGAAGAACAUGAAAAUGGUGACCAAGAGGGAGAGUACAAGUUCACAGGAUGAGAAACUCAGUGAGGAGGUAUAUGAUACACCUCCCACAAAUAGGUGGCAGCAUCCAGUUCCUACAGUGCCUUCUGAGGAGGAUGAUGGGAUCUAUAACAUCCCUCGUGCUGUACCCCACACUGUAAAACACACUGACCAGGCCUCAAAGAUUUAUGAUGUUCCCACUCUGGCCCUGAAUUCCUCCUCUGACCAUCAGCAGCAAACCUACAAUAGUCCAGGAUCGGCUGCUGUGGCUGGAGAUGCAGAGGAUGAGGAUGUGUACAGUGUUCCCAGUCUUCCUGGUUUACACUUGGAGGCAAGCGAGAUGCCGGGAUUAACUGCAGAAACUGCUGGAAACGGACGAACCUAUUCGAUUUCCAGUACUAGAAAGCAAGACUUAACCUCUGAAGAUGUGUCAGAACCUGAUGGAGGCAUCUAUGACAUGCCUGCCCUCACUCUAGAAAUCCCGACACGCCCUUUAUCUGUGUCAAGCACCGGCUCUGGGGACAUCCAGUGGAAAGCGUCUCUUUCCGCUCUUGUCCAAUCAGCCCUGACCUCUGCCUCUGUCACCACCACCCCAUCCCGAGACCUCGCCUCUGCAUUGGCUGAGAUCCUUUCUGUCUGGAAGGCUGGGCAUGUUGGUGAUAUUCCUCCAGUUCUCCAGCAGGCAUGGUCCCGUCUCUCCGACCUCCUUCCUGCUCUUUCGGUUUGUGGCACUGCCCCUCCAGCCGACGGUCUGCUCACGAUGGUCCGCUGUGCCCUUGAAGACUCCGUCUCCCUUUUACAGAGUCAAGCGCGACCUCGUUUACCUUCCCAGGAGUCUCUGUCCCGGAGACCUCUACCUGCUUUGCCGGUGGCAGAGGUCAAACCGAUCACAGGGGACAUGGGAUCACGGAAGGGCAGCUGGAUCCAGGAACGACCACUGCCACCUCCGCCACCCGCUGCCUUCCCUUUGCCCCCAACACCAGUUUCUUUAGCCCCUACUGUGGGAAGAAUGGAGGAUGAGGAACAAGGGAAUGAGUAUGCAGGAAUCGGCCUAACUCCUACACCACCGCCUUCAUAUCCUGUAGGUGAUAGUGUGGGAUACGUCAAACUGCAGGGGAAGCCAGAGCCACCACCAGACACCCAUACAGAGCACAGUUCUUCACAGUUUAUCACCACAACUGAUAAUAAACUGAGUCUUUCCUCCCCAGUCUCUCUGUCUCUGGAAGAUUCAGAGCUGCUCUCCUUCUACUCCUCCCAAAGUCUCUCUCAUCUUUCUUGCCUGGCCGAUGCCAUCGAUUCCCUGUUCACAAGUGUCCAAGGGAACCAACCACCCACUCCACAGGUACUUUGCAUUUAA